AGGGAAAUCGCACCGUGGACACACGGAAAAUCAGUGCCUUGUGUACCAUCUUCGCCGUACCGGUUCCUCUGUUAUUCAACCCGCAGCGGCUUAUCGGAACUGUUUAUAUCAGCGUUUUUCUUGGAACCUCUUUCAUUCUGGAAGACGAACCCCCACCGUCAGCUGUUGGUCAUUGCUUGGUAAAAGCCGUGCAGCUUGCCUGUGGAUGAGUGGAUGUUCUCAAUAUGUGUUAAACAGUCGUAUUACAAUGAUACGGGAUAUUCGAUUCGGGCCGACGUUGCUACAGCUAUUAACUCUAGGAUAUCUCCUUCACACGAGCUCUGCGGCAUUUUAUGGAGGAGAUUAUUACAACUCGUUGUUCCGACCCCUCAGUGCGGAUUUUAAAACUAAAGUGGAGACAUUAGGCGCUGUGUUGAAGCGCCAUGUCCAGCGUCUCCGGGCAACAGAGAACGGUCAAGUGGAACUUGUUUUUUUAGUGGAUAGUUCAUCAAGUGUAGGGGCAGAUAACUUCUUCGAGGAACUCCGGUUCGUCCGCAAACUGCUGGCUGAUUUUACAGUGGAUGUGAACAAGACCAGAGUGUCAGUCAUUACGUUUUCGUCUCGAGGGAAGGUCAUCAGACAUGUCGACCAUCUAACACAGCCCAAUGCUGACAAGCAUAAGUGUCGCUUACUUGGAGAAGAGCUGCCAAGGGUUAAUUACAUUGGAGGGGGUACAUAUACCCUUGGGGCCUUCCUUGAAGCAAAGGUGGUUCUGAAGGGGGCCAGGAAGAAUGCUACUAAAGCCAUAUUCCUGAUAACGGACGGGUUCUCUAAUGGCGGAGACCCCAGACCGGAAGCUAAAUCUCUCAGGGACAAUGGAGUGAAGAUAUUCACGUUCGGCAUCCGAAAUGGCAACUUUAGGGAGCUGUACGACAUGGCGUCUGUGCCCAAGAACGAAACUUGUUACAUUCUCGACAGCUUUGAAGAAUUUGAGGCUCUGGCAAGACGGGCUCUCCAUGAAGAUCUCCACACCGGAUCUUACGUGUACCAGCCCAGGAGCAGAUGUAACAUUUUGUGUAAAAAUGGAGGUAACUGUUGCCAUGCCAACGCGACAUGCGCGUGCGGGACACAUACAGGAAAAUACGAAUGCCAGUGCAAACCAGGAUUUUACGGACAAGGAAUCGGAAAAUAUGGAUGUAAAGCCUGUCCCCCCGGCACGUACAAAAACAUAAGCGGUCCCGGCGACGUCAGCAUGUGCAUGCCGUGCCCGGAUGAGAAUCAGACGACAGGUUCGGGGACGGCGGCCAUAACCGACUGCAGCUGCAAAAAGGGAUACGUCAACAUGAACACGUCGGAGUGCGCAGCUUUCACCUGUCCAGCUCUCGACCCUCCGGAAAACGGCUACUUCGUCAACAACAAAUGCAACAACGUGUUUAACGCAGCAUGUGGACUACGGUGCAAGCCAGGUUACGAGCUGCAGGGGAGCAGUCUGAGGAUCUGUCAGGAGAAUGGAACCUGGUCAGGUGUAGACGCCAGCUGUGUCACGAAGACGUGUCCAACGCUCCCGGUACCGAAGGACGGACAGAUGAUCUGCAGCCGCGACGACUUCACCUUCUCCACCGUGUGCAGGUUCACCUGCGACAACGGCUACCAGCUAGUCGGCUCCAGGAAGAGGACAUGUGUUGCCAUUGCAGUCUGGACUGGACUUCCCACCAGAUGCAGGGAGAUCACGUGUCAGCCCCUGACGCCCUUGAAGGACGGGAGCGUCCACCCUGCCGUGUGCACAGCCGGGGAGGUAUCAUUUGGCACAACUUGUCAAAUGACGUGUCUGCGAGGCUACACAAUGUACGGUCCCCACACCAUGCAGUGUACUCCUGACGGUAACUGGGCGCCUACAGUAGACAAGUACAACGAGUGUUUAGAUGAGAAGCCACCAUUUGUUGAGUGUCCCAGCAGCAUCGAGACUGAGACGGGCGUUGAUGACAGCACAGCGGAGGUGAUAUGGCAGGUGCCGGUGUCUGUCGACAACUCAGGCUUCCUGCCGACCAUGACAGCCGAGCCGGCGGUGUCGCCUUCAUCACGCUUCCCCAUCGGCAUCAAUGUCGUCACCUACAUCGUGGAGGACUUCAGCAAAAACAAGGCUAACUGCUCGUUCACCAUCAAGGUCAAAGACACAAUCCCUCCGACUGUCGACAAAUGUUUCUCGCCACCAUCGGUUGUCUCCCCUGAUAAGUACGGCAACGUGACGUGGGAGGAGCCACAGUUCAGCGACAACUCUGAGGAGGGCCUGAAUAUCUCUAGGUCACAUGACCAGGGCUGGUUUCCGAUUGGUGUAACCCAGGUGACGUACACGGCCACAGACGGGAGCGGCAACAACAACACGUGCAUCCUGGAUAUCAGCGUCAUACCCCAUCCAUGUGAGUUCCCGCCACCGCCUGUCAAUGGUAACCGCACGUGUCACGAGACUGAUGAGGCUGUGCACUGUUCCAUCUCGUGUCACCCUGGUUACGCCUUCGCCAUACCCCCUGCAGAGGACUACAGGUGCGCCUAUGACAAUGUUUGGGAACCCCAAGGGAAGGUACCCUUCCCCGACUGUUCAGCGAAGCAAAUCUCUAAUGAUGUCGUACAGCCGGCAUCGGUGAAGUUCACGGGAAAGGUUCCGUGCAGGGAGAAGAAGAUCCUGCACAAAAUAGAGGAGAACUUCAAGAAGAAUGUUUCCCUGCGGGUAUCCGACCUCUGUGAAGAAAACUUCAUCUGCUCAGUUGAUGAGGUUGAGACCACGUGUCAGGAAGGUGAAGACUACAACAAGAUCCACAUUGGUCUUGGAAAACGCCGACGCAGGAAGCGCAGUAUCAGCAAAUACCAGAAACAACUCGCCAGAAGUAGAGGCCAUGGUCGCAGUCUGCUCAUCUUUGACUUCAAGCUGGAAGGUACAGUAACAGCGACUGGCAACGAGACAGAAGAUGACAGACGCCAACUCGCCAUUACCAAAAACCUGAAGACGAUUCUUCAGACAUUGCAGCAAGACGCCAAGGCAGGACAUUUCAACUUCCGGUUUGGUGGAAGAGAGAUGAACUUUAAGAACAUGACCUUCAACCCCAACCAACCCAAGUUCAUGUGCCCUGAGGGCAUGGUCCAGAUUCGAAGCACGUGUGUCAAAUGUCCCGUCGGGAUGUACUUCAACGUGAUCAGAAAGACCUGUGAAAGCUGCUCUGUGGGGACCUACCAGCCAGUGGAGGGGUCCGUGGCCUGCCUCGUGUGCCCGGGGAACCAGUCCACAAUCGAGACAAACACAAGGACGUCAAAAGAGUGCAAAGCUCAGUGUCUUCCGGGAAGUUUUUCCUUCAACGGUCUGGAGCGGUGCGAGACCUGUGACGUAGGCUUCUACCGGUCGGAGUAUGCGCAGACAGAGUGUCUUCCCUGCCCUACCAACAGAACCACCAGAAAACGGGGCAGCCGGACGGUUGACAACUGCCAAGAGCGCUGUCCGGCUGGCUAUGUGUCCAAGAGCGGCCUCAGGCCAUGUCUUCCAUGUCCAAAGGGGACGUUCCAACAGGAGGAGGGCCAGUCUGCCUGCUUCCAGUGUCCACACCGAGCGUUGACCACUCACUCCGCGGCGUCAUCAGUCACAGACUGCGAAGGUGACUGGGACCUCCAAAGUGACGCCUCUCUUCCCCAAAAUGAGCAGACACAGAUCCUGGUUAAUCUUUGUUUUGAAGAACCCUGCGAGAAUGGCGGUACCUGUAAAGUAAAAGGAGGAUUCGGUUUCAAAUGCAUAUGCAUGCCUGGAUUUACUGGGACCGUGUGCCAGACACAAGUCGACCAGUGCAAAGGCCUACCUUGCCUCCACAACGGCACGUGCGUGAACCUACAAGUAGACUAUGUAUGCACGUGCCCGGACGGUUUUUCAGGUAAAAAGUGCGAGGUGAACAGGGACGAGUGUGCAUCCAACCCGUGCCAACAUGGCGGUACUUGCAUAGACGGCGCCAACAGGUUCCUGUGUCACUGUGACUCGGCCUAUCAAGGUGCGACCUGCGAGGAAAAUAUCAACGACUGUUCUGACACUCGCUGUCAUAAUGGUGGCACGUGCAUCGAUGACGUCAGCGGAUACACCUGCACGUGUCGAGGUGGCUUUACAGGCGAGACAUGCGAGAUUGAAAUUGACGAGUGUUUGGAGAACCCGUGCAGGCACGGGAUUUGUCACGAUGAGGAGAACGGAUUUAGCUGUGAGUGCGAGGCGGGCUACAAAGGGAGGCUGUGCGGGCGAAACAUUAACGAGUGUGCCUCCACACCAUGCCAAAACGGCGGCACAUGCGAGGACGGGAUCAACGCCUACACCUGCAACUGCCCCGCCAACUAUACCGGCGUCAACUGUGACGCAGUGUUAGACAAGAACUACCAGCUGGACUUCCCGUCGGCCGGAACUGACCAUGUCCAGGUGCCCAUCAAGCAGGACAUGUCUGUGGUCACGGUCUCCUUCUGGAUGAAGACCAAUGACAACAUCAACCAAGGAACGCCCUUUUCGUACGCCAUACCAGGCUCUGACAAUGCUCUGACACUGACAGAUUAUGACGGAUUCGCUUUCAUGGUAAAUGAGGAGAAGGUCAUGACGGAUGAACCAACCAAUGACGGCAUCUGGCAUCACAUCGUGAUCACGUGGUCAGCCAACAGGGGUUCCUGGAAACUAUAUAUCGACGGCCUCUUGAGUGACAGCGGGUUCAAUCUCUCCACUGGAAAACCAAUUGCAGGUGGCGGCAUGUUUGUGAUCGGCCAGGAACAAGACUCGGUGGGCGGUGGGUUCGAUCCACGCGAGGCUUUCGUUGGGAGUAUCGCUCACCUGAACGUGUGGGACAGGGAACUCCCACUCGACAGCAUCGAUUCCAUGAGGACAGAGUGUACCGAGUUCUACGGAAACAUCGUCGCUUGGCCCGACGUCAGGAAUGGAAUCAGGGGGGCACUGAAGGACGCCACGUCUACGUUCUGUGGAGACUGCCCGACGCCAAUGAAGCCAGACUACGGCCAGGUGUCGUUCACUAGCAUCAGUCCAGGGUCAACAGCGGAGUAUUCGUGCAUCCGGGGCUUCCAGCUGGCGGGCUACGACAGGCUUCAGUGUCUUGUCACUGGGGAGUGGGAGACAGAAUCGCCGGCUUGUCAGAAGGUGCAAUGUGGCUACCCUGGUAACAUAGCAAAUGGCUACGUGGAAGGCUUCAACUACAACUAUGACAACCGAAUACGCUACCAGUGUCAGAGAGGUUUCAAGCUUGAGGGCUCUAAGACACGAUACUGCAACGAGUACGGAGAAUGGGAGAAUGAUGCCCCAACAUGUACAGAAAUCAGCUGCGAGCUACCACCGAUCUCUGAGAACACCCGCAUCUCCAACCCAUUAGAUACAUACCGACCUAAAACUGUGGUUGAAUUUGAAUGUACUCCAGGCAACCGCCUCCUAACGCCACACAAUGCCGUCAGAUGUCAGUCAGACGGUACCUGGGACAAGAGCGUCCCUUCAUGCGACCCAGUGUACUGCGGCAGUCCGCCUAAUAUAGACAAUGGUGGACCAUCGUCAUCACCAGAUCAGUCAUUUGUUGGAGCUCUUAUCAACUACGAGUGCGACUAUGGAAAUGACUUUGCCGCAGAUUCAAAACAGAGAAUCAGCUGUCAGCCAUCUGGAGACUGGGGUGUCAGUUUGCCAGUGUGUGAGAUCAUCGUCUGUCCGGAUCCACCUGUUGUGGCGCAUGCGCAGCAUUUUGGCGACACUUUUGAGUUUCUGUCACUGAUAGAGUAUAUUUGUGAUGACGGGUACCAGCACAGUGAAGACGAUACUAUUGAAUGUCUCGAGGGCGGACAGUGGAGUGGUGAGGUGAAUUGCGAGCCUGUCAAUUGUGGAGAGCCGAAUGAAAUUCGAAAUGGCGAAAUCGUUGGUGAUGACUUCUAUUUAAACAGCGCUGUUAACUAUGAAUGUGACAGUGGAUUUAAACUUAAAGGAAACAAAAGACGUAUUUGUUUGACCAACUCCUCUUGGAGCGGAGCAGCCCCUGUCUGUAAGCCUCUUGUGUGCGGGAAACCUGCCAAGCUUGAAAACGGCCGAGUCCUAGCUGUGGCUAUCACAUAUGGAAGUGUCGCUACGUUUCAAUGUGAUGAAGGGUAUAUUAUAAAUGGCGCCACUGAGAUGACAUGCCAGGAAGACGGCACUUGGUCCAAUACACUUCCAGUGUGCGAUCCUCAAGAAUGUCCUCCUCCUGUAGACAUUGACUAUGGUUACUUCCGACUGGUUGGAAGGAGCACUUAUGGACAAACGGUCACUUAUUUUUGCAAUGAUGGGUUUGAUUUGUUAGGGGAGGCAGCCUUGACCUGUACCAGUAAUGGACGCUGGUCAGCAGAGGCUCCUACUUGUCAGACUGUUGAGUGUCCUCAGCCAGAGGCAGUUGAAGAUGGAAGCGUGAACAUCCUCGGCUUGACAUACACGAGUAAAGUGGAAUACACCUGUGACGAAGGGUAUGAAUUGUUGGGGGAAACUGUGCGGACAUGUCAAGCGGACAAAACAUGGACAGAUCAAGCACCCGUCUGCAGCCCUCUUAAAUGUAGGCCUCCUCAGAAUGUGGCCAAUGGGGCUCUCCAUUACAAAGAUCUGAAACUGUGGUCAAUAGUAAGAUAUACGUGUGACUCUGGGUACCAACUCGUUGGCUUAGAAGUCCGAAGAUGUCAGGCCGAUCUUUCAUGGGAAGGGGCUGAGCCGACAUGCAAUCCUAUUCACUGUGCAGGUCUGACAGUAAUCGCGUAUGGAGUUCUGAACACCACUGAGACUGUAUAUCAGACAGUCGUGUCCUACUCAUGCAACGAAGGCUAUACCUUAAGGGGGGAAGUUCUCAGAACUUGUUCUGCAUCCAAAGUAUGGACUGGCGAAGAACCAGUUUGCACACCUGUUGAAUGUAACGAGCCGGGAGCUGUUACAUCUAACGGUCGCAUGCUGGGGAAUAACUUCACGUACGGGGCCUUGAUAUCCUACGUGUGUGAUGAGGGUUAUAACCUUGUAGGGUCACAGAACAGGUCAUGUGAGGCCAAUGGGGAAUGGGAUGCAUCUAUUCCUAUUUGUGAAAUUGUUGAAUGCCCGAGGCCAAAGCUAGCACACGGGCGUGCAUCAAGCUUUCAACGUGAAUUCAACACUGUCAUUGAUUUUUCAUGCAAGCGAGGAUUCCGUCUUGAAGGACCCUCCCAAAGAACGUGUCUCUCCAGUGGUCAGUGGAGCGGGGAUGACCCGAUUUGUAUUAAGAUUGUCUGUCCGACACCAGCACAGCUGACUUCAGGAAGAGUGACUGUGUCACCUAAUGGCCUUAAAGCAACGUAUGAAUGCUUUGAAGGAUAUGUUCUUAAUGGGGCCACAGAACGUUCAUGUCAGGAGAGCGGUACCUGGAGCUUGACCGAACCUGUGUGUGAUAGAAUUACAUGUGAUGACCUUUCAGCAUACGCUUUCGAACAUGGGCGCGUCAUUAUGGCGGGGUUGGAAUAUGGUUCAUAUGCUUCUUUUGAGUGUGACGUAGGGUAUGUCCUUGACGGAGAAAGGAAAAUUCAGUGUAGCUUACAAGGAAGAUGGUCGUCAGAAGUUCCAAUAUGUAGAAUAGUAUCAUGUGGGCCACCAGGUGCUUUUGUCAAUGGAGAAAUAACCGGCUCUGUGUAUACGUAUGGGUCAACCACAUCCUACAUCUGUAUCAGAGGGUUUGAACUAAAAGGAACAGCUGAGAGAACGUGCGGGGCAGAUGGACUUUGGGAACCAUCAACUCCAAGGUGUCAUUCUAUUGUCUGUCCAGACUUACCAGAUAUUGACUAUGGAAGGACUAUCAUGCAGUCAAACACGCUUGAUGGUUUAGUGAGAUACAGUUGCCAACCGAGCUUCGUCCUUCGUGGAGAAUCAUCACGAACAUGCUUAGAUACAGGUGAAUGGUCAGGCUCAGAUCCUUCGUGCGUCAUGCUAGAGUGUCCAAGUCCACCUGAAUUGGAAAAUGGUCGUGUGGUUGGUGAUAGCUAUGCUUUAGGAAGGAUCCUUCAGUAUAUAUGCAAUGAAGGUUAUGAGCUGGACGGGGUAGGGAUGAAUCAGUGCCUACCAACUCUAUCAUGGCUGAGUCUGCACCCAACUUGCAACAAGGUCCAGUGCCCACCACCAGAAGCUCCUGUGCAUGGACAGAUGUCAGGGGAUAGCUUUACAUACGGUGAUACAGUGCUAUUUUCCUGUCACACUGGAUAUAUACUGACUGGAGAAUCAUCUGCCUCUUGCCAACCGGAUGCUACCUGGACAAUAGAAAUACCAACCUGCGAGCCAGUUCCUUGUGGAGAACCUCCUCAGGUUCCCAAUGCUGUGGUAAAUCUGGAAAAUGGAACAGUGUUUGGGUCUGCAGUGUCACUUGAAUGUGUAAUUGGCUACAAUCCUAUAGGAGAUGCUCAGGUACAAUGUCAGAGUGAUGGUUCGUGGACGUCACCUUCCUUCCGAUGUGAGAUUGUAUCCUGCCCAGCUCCACCACAAACUGAGCAUCUAACGGUGGAGGGCACUUACACAUUUGGAAGUCAAUUGAAUUUUAGAUGUGAGGUUGGAUAUGAACUUAUUGGAAUUGCUUCAACCUGUCGCUGCAGACCAGACGGGUCAUGGGAUUCACCUUUCCCAACAUGCCAGAUAAUUUCUUGUCCAGAGCCUGGAACAUUUGAUCAUGGAACUAUAUCCGAGUCGGACAACACGUAUCAGAGCCAGCUUGUGUACACAUGUGAUCAAGGUUUUGAAAUAAUUGGAGAAGAAACAAGAGAAUGCCAGGGAGACAGAACAUGGUCGGGACAAACACCGAUGUGUAUUCUCAUCCGAUGCCAAAAUCCACAAACCACUAUUCCAAACGGAAGGCUGAUAUACCCUAAAGUAAGCUACAGUUACAACGACGAAGCAUCCUACGUUUGCAACGAUGGCUAUGAAAUGAUUGGAAAUGAGAGGAUCAGAUGUUUAGCCACUAAAGCCUGGAGCAGCAACCCACCAUCGUGUACCAAGAUCGUCUGUCCAAGACCAGGAAAUGUUGAACACGGUAAUGUUGUAGCCACGGAUGAAGUCUUAACUUACACGUGUGAUGAUGGAUAUGACCUGAUGGGAUCACGGUCGCGAAGAUGUCUCAACACAGGAUUGUGGGACACUGAUGCUCCAGCUUGUCUUCCUGUUCAUUGUCCUUCUCCCGUGCCUAUCAACCAUGGACAGAUUGAAGGCGGGGAGUUUAUAUACGGACAGAGCAUCACAUACACUUGUGAUGAAGGAUUCCUGUUGGUUGGAAGUAGGGUCAGACGUUGCUUGGCGACAGGGUUUUGGGAGACAGAGAGUCCAUUCUGUGACAGAGCAACGUGUGGGAUGCCAAGGCCACCCCAGCACGGAAUGGUAUCAGGAGCAUCCUACCUCUUUGAGGAUGUUGUGGAGUACUCAUGUGAUUUCGGCUAUCUGUUGGUGGGGGAGAAUAGACACGUGUGUGAAGCAAACGGAAAAUGGAGUGCGGAAGUACCCUUCUGUGAAAUAAUUGUUUGUGAAUCACCACCCGAGGUAUUAAACAGUCAAUUUACAUUGAGCUCGGACAUUGGUCAGUAUUCCGUGGGGGUCACCAUCACCUACACAUGCAACGUUGGGUAUGAGAUCGACGGCGCCUCCACGCUGCGGUGCCUGGAGAGCAGAAGCUGGUCUGACAGUCCUCCUCAGUGCAGUUUAGUAUCCUGUCCUUCCAUAGACUACAUUGAGAAUGGCCUGGUUGUUGGGACUGAGUAUACAUACGAGUCAACAUUGAGAUUCCAGUGUAGUCGUGGAUAUGAGGUCGUUGGUGAUGAUCUGCUCGUGUGCCAGGAACAUGGCAGUUGGAGCAGUAACACACCAACAUGUGAACCCGUCUCUUGUGAAGCCCCAGACUCUAUCCAAUAUGGUGGCUUCAGGACACAUAACGGAGGUACCUCAGAGGGACCGUUUCGAUUUAAUGACCAAGUGACAUACUUCUGUGAAGCUGGAUACAAUGUCGUAGGAAACGUGCUUAGACAAUGUAACGGAGAAGGUGGGUGGACCAACCAGGCCCCAAUCUGUUACCCAGUCAACUGCCAUGAACCACCCCCUGUACAAUUCUCCACAAUCAUUGGUGACAAUUUUGACUUUGGACAAGCAGUAGCCUACGAGUGUUAUCCAGGAUACAGACGAGAUGGCAACUAUGUUUUAGAAUGUGGAGCCUCGGGUUCCUGGAUAGGAGAUGUUCCACUGUGUGAAAAGAUCGAGUGUGGCCCUCCCGUUGUCUUUGAUCACUCAUCAGUCACUGUGGAGACUGUGGGCGUAGUUCAAGUAGCAAAAUAUGUUUGCAAUUCGGGAUAUAUCCUGCAAGGAGAUCCCCGAGCUGUUUGUGACAUGGGAACAUGGGUGGGUGAUGCCAGGCUGGAUUGUGUUCCUGUGGACUGUGGGCCUCCUGCACUAGCUGAUUAUACCUCCAUCAGUUACACCUCGACUAUCUUACACUCCGUGGCUGAUUAUGGUUGUGUAACUGGCUACAGCUUGUCUUCUGGAGCACUCAGGCACACCUGUCAAGAAGAUGGGACAUGGAGCGAACAGGUUCCGGUUUGUAGCAAAGUCUUCUGUGGAAUGCCAUCAACUGAAACUGAUUAUACAGGAACGGAUUACUACUUUGGGGGAACAAUCUCUUUCGUUUGUGCUCCUGGUUAUGAACUUGUCGGUCAGGCAGAGUCAACUUGCAUGGAGGAAGGAUCAUGGAGUGGGUCAUUUCCUUUCUGUCAGAAAGUCAACUGUGGUGAACCACCUCGAGGUGUAGCCUUCUCUGGAUCGGAUUUCACGUUUGAAGGAAGGGUUGUGUAUGAAUGUCCUCUUGGGUAUAAUAUGGAAGGUGAAGCAGAGAUUACAUGUCAAGCUGACGGAACAUGGAGUAGCAGGUCACCGAACUGUUCCAGGGUCACCUGUGGUCAACCACCAUCAGGAACACUGUACUCCGGAUCGGACUUUACAUAUGAGGGAUCAGUGACAUACACCUGUCCUGAAGGAUAUUAUAUGGUAGGCAAUGCUGUAUUAACCUGCCUCAUCAGUGGGGUGUGGAGUGGUCUUGCUCCUCGUUGUGAGCGGGUCAGUUGUGGAGAGCCUCCAAGAACUGCUGAUUUCAGUGGGUCAGAUUUCUUGUUUGGGGGCCGAAUAGUGUACACAUGCCCAGAAGGGUACAAUAUUGAUGGAGAUGCUGAUCUGACUUGUGAAGCAAAUGGAGAGUGGUCAGGGACAGCGCCAUCUUGUCAUAUUGUUCACUGUGGAAGACCCGAGACAGAGGUGCUGUAUGAUGAAAGCGAGUUCACGUAUGGAGAAACGUUGAGGUUUUAUUGUCAGACUGGGUUCACUCUGAUUGGGGAAGCAGAGGGUGUCUGUCAGGCGGAUGGUAGUUGGAGCACCUCGGGACAGAUAUGCAUCAAGGUGAACUGUGGGAUCCCGCCAACUGACGCACUGUUUGUGGGGUCCGACUUCAGCUAUGGUGGAUCCGUGCGGUACUAUUGUGAAGAGGGACAGAUUCUGAUUGGUGAAGAAGAGAUGACAUGUCAGGAGGAUGGAACCUGGAGUGGCGAAGGGCAGACUUGUUCACUGGUGGACUGUGGUCCGAUCUCGGUGCCGACCAAUGUCGUGGUCGUGUCCGGAGACCCGGUCAGCGGCACCCACUACAAUGACACAAUUCAGUUCUCCUGCGGAGAUGGGUUCUCCCUCAGCGGGGAGUCUACAAUGAUCUGUCUCAUCUCGGGGCGAUGGAGCGGUGAACUACCUGCCUGCAGUAUAGCAUUCACCAACCUGUGUGACCUCGCUGUCGAUGUGGACCACUCCCGCCCCGUCUCCUCCGGCUACGUACAGGGUGACUCCCUCACAGUGGAGUGUCUGCCGGGGUAUGAAGCCGAGGGCCAGAUGGAGUCGGUGUGUCAGGCAGGAGGGGCGUGGUCAGUGCCUGCCGGGGAGUGUCGCCGUGUUGCUGACUUCUGUCAGCCGAGAGUGGAUCUUCCCAACACGGCCGAGAUCCGGUCAGGGUACCUGGUGGGGGACAGCGCCACCAUAGAAUGUGAGGCCGGGUACCAGCCCCAGGGGGACAUGAUGGCCGAGUGCCUCGAGGGUGGACUGUGGUCAAGGCCAACUGGACACUGUGCCAAAAUCUACUGUGGUCGUCCCAAGAUCAGAGACAUGGUGAACGUGAUGCUGAUUGGUCGGUCCUAUUUCUAUGGUGACCACGUCAUGUUCAUGUGCCGGCCUGGCCUCACCCCAGCUAGGAUACCACCCAGGUUGACGUGUGGAGAGACCGGUGAUUGGGACGGCGAGAUCGGGUGUUCAGCUCAGUGCAAGUUUGAAUGUCUUAAUGGUGGACGAUGCGUUGGCCUCAACAAGUGCAAAUGCAUGUCAGGAUGGGGUGGCAUCAGAUGUCAAACAGCGAUCUGCAUCCUGCCGUGUCUGAAUGGCGGCACCUGCGCGGCUCCCUACAGGUGUGGCUGUCCACAAGGCUACGAGGGCACAAGAUGUCAUAGAGCAAUCUGCUCCCAACCAUGUCAGAAUGGAGGCAGGUGUUUGUACCCGAAUCGGUGCCAGUGCACAUCAGGAUUUUUACCACCAUUUUGUGAGACAAAAAGAAUUGACAGAGUAAACAAAGGGUAAUGGUCAGUGAGACUGGAUAUGUUGUACUGGACACAGGCGGACAUGUCCAGUGAGCGAUGCACUGGUCGCAGGCAGACAUCUCCGUCAGGGAUGUUGUAAUGGACACAGGCCAGUCUAUCCUAACUUUCUCCGGGAGAUCUCUGAAGAUUUCAACUAGCACUGUCUGUACAUCAUAACCCAAGACAAUAAAAUCCCAAUAAUCCCACGAGAAGUUGUUUGUUUUUCAAAAUUACUACCUGUUUUCGUCUUUAUAAAAAGGUUAUUCAUUAUAAUGAAGGUGUGUGAGGGGUGGGUGUCUUUUUCAUAGUCCAUAAUUAGCUACAUGUAAGAGUUGCCCCAACAAUGGUAUAAAAUGCCUAUCUCUAUGAAGACCAAAUAUCAACUCGGGGGAUAAACAUUGUUAAACAUUAUGUGACAAACUCUUUAAUGCAUCAAAUGGAGAAGUAUUGAUCUUAAAACAUAAACAUUACGAUUAUUGUCACACACAAGUAUUUGGUGAGUAUUUUUAUCAGGUGCAUGUGACCUGAAAUCCAAAUUGAGACCUCCCCUUGAAACUUGACUUGUGUUUGGAAAAUAAUGUUUAGCUUUGUAAUUUCAAGUCUUUGUAAAGGCCUGAACAACUCAUUAUGAAUUUGAUCUCCACUGCAACUCCCCUAAAAACAGUUUUACAUGAUUUGUUAACCAUUUCUCAUCUAUCUUUUUUCUGUGACCCACUAGUUGACCUGACCUGGAAUAACACAUCAGGUUUAGAAAAAUAUUAUUUUCACGACACAAGCUCAUAAAAAAUGUAUGAUAAAAAAAUUGAUAUCAAUUCAUUAUAACCUUAGUCAAACGGUGCCUUGAAUGCUAUUGUACCCCACCAUGGCUGGAGAAGUGCAAAAAGCAAAACUCCUACACUCAAUGUUUACCAGUGUUGUCAUGGUUGUAGUCUGGAUUCAUCGGUCAACACUGGUUGUCAGUAUUCAUAUUAACUAAUAUUUUUAAUUUUUACUUGUACUUAUAAGCAAUGAUAAUACAUAAUAUUGGUGUUUGAACCACAUUGUGUUUUCUACAUAGGUGCAGGUGAAGUGUACGCCAGACUGCUUGAUGUAGUAGACCCAUAGGUAGAUGUAUCAGGGAGUGAAACUAGAUUGACACAAGUGUUUCAUGCAAAACAUUAAUUUUUUUCUCUUAUUAGGCGUGUACAUAUACCUUGCUUACAACUUGAUUUUGUGACUGAAAAAUGACUCAAAUGUAUCUGCAUGUUUCCAAAUAUAAAUAAAAAGCCUGUACAAGUA